AUGGGUUCAACAACGGCGACAACGGAGUUUCCCCGCAUCAAGGAAGUCCGCACCUUCAUCAUUGAUGGUGUUGGCUCUGGCGGUGAUUACCACAAUGUCAAGGGAGGCCACUGGCUGGUCGACAGCAACAUCUCCACCCCCAUGACCAAGUGGGCACAGUUCCGUGGCUCGCGCACAUCAUGGGGAAUCAACGUCCUGGGAUCAUUCUGUGUCGAGAUUGAGGCCACCGAUGGCUCCAAGGGCUUUGCUACUGGAUUCGGUGGUCCCCCCGCCUGCUGGCUCACCGAGCACCAUUUCAACCGCUUCCUGAUCGGAGCCGAUCCCCGAGACACCAAUGACCUCUUCGAAAAGAUGUACCGCGCUUCCAUGUUCUACGGCCGCAAGGGUCUCCCCGUCGCCGUGAUCUCAGUCAUCGACCUGGCGCUGUGGGAUCUACAAGGAAAAAUCCGCAAUGAGCCCGUCUACAAAAUGAUUGGAGGCGCCACCCGCUCCCGUUUGAACUUCUACUGCACCGGUCCCCAGCCUGGCUCUGCUAAGGCUGCCGGCUUCAUCGGUGCCAAGGUCGCCCUUCCCCACGGCCCCGACGAGGGCACCGAGGGUCUCCUGAAGAACGUCGAAUAUCUGCGCCAGCAGCGCGAGAAAGUCGGCCCUAACUUCCCGCUGCGUGUCGACUGCUACAUGUCUUUGACCGUUCCUUACACAAUCCAGCUCGUCAAGCGCUGUGAGGCUAUUGGUCUUGAUAUUGAUUGGUGGGAGGAGUGUCUUUCCCCCGAUGAUUUUGACGGUCAGGCGCUUUUGAAGCGGGCUCACCCAACUGUUACUUUCACCACUGGCGAGCACGAGUUCUCUCGUUAUGGUUUCCGCAAGCUGAUUGAGGGCCGCAAUGUGGAUAUCCUGCAGCCUGAUGUGAUGUGGCUCGGUGGAAUGACUGAGUUGCUGAAGGUCUCUGCUAUGGCUGCUGCUUAUGAUCUUCCCGUUGUGCCUCAUGCUUCUGGGCCCUACUCGUACCACUUUGUCGUUUCUCAGACCAACAGUCCGUUCCAGGAGUACCUUGCCAACUCCGCUGAUGGACACACUGUCGAGCCUGUCUUCGGUAACUUGUUUUUGAACGAGCCUAUUCCCACCAAGGGUUAUCUGGAUGUCUCCGUCUUGGACAAGCCUGGAUUCGGCUUGGAGCUCAACCCUGCUGCUCCCUUGAUCCCUGCUGCUGCUAUCCUUACUCCGGCACCCCAGAAAUCUCUGCCUGCUCCUGAUAAUAAGGAGGCUGCCAAUGGCUCUGCAUAG